GAGUAACUCAGCGAGAUGGCGAGCUCAGCGCUGAGACGGUCUCUUCCGGCGCGCGGCUUGAUCCGCCGUCUCCUCCCUUCCGACCCACCGUCCUCCGCCGCCGCCGCCUCCUCCUCGUUCCGUCGCUCCUUCCAGUCCGCAGAGGGCGUGGGCGAGAGCGCGGAUGCGUUUGAAAACCGGUUGUUUGAGCAGACGGAGCAAGGUGACAAUUCGUUCUUUGGGAAGCUCGAUGGGACUGGGAACUCCUUCAGAAGACAAGGCGCCGGAUCUGGGACGGGUGACUGGGGUCGGCCCGGUGGCAGGGGUUACUCUGAGUUUGGUGACAGGGAGGGCUCUCUGUUUGGUGGGAGCAUGGACGAUUCCUUGAACGAUGGCAUGAACGAGAAGUUGGAUGACGCGGCCCGCACCUUUCAUAUGACGGACGAGGUCGAGGAAGAUGACUAUGAUUUCAGGCCAGAUGUGAAUUACAGGCGAGGCUCGACCUACAAUGUCAAGGAUCUUGACCUUACAAGACCUGCAGCCGCAAGGAGCACCCCUAGACCUCAGUUUGAAACAACCACGAAGGAUGUUCUAAGGAAAGCCGAUUUUAGGAAUGUUAGAUUCCUCGCCAACUUUCUUACAGAAGCUGGCAUUAUCAUCAAGAGGAAUCAGACCAAGAUCAGCGCGAAAGCUCAGCGCAAGGUUGCGAGGGAGAUCAAAACAGCGCGUGCACUGGGGCUAAUGCCUUUCACGACGAUGGGCAAGAGGCCAUUCAUCUUUGGCAGAAGCGUGGAGGAGGACCCUUCAGAGGAGGAAUAUGGGUAUGACUUCGUCGAGCAGAAGGACGCUGGGCCUGAAGAUGAAGCUGUUGAUGCCGUGCCCGAUGUGGAGGCUGCUUAGACGCUCUAGGGCCUUUUGUUUUCUGCAACACCUCCCUUUCUUGUGCUUCCUCUCACUUGGCGCGUACCUGACGCUGCCUUUUGCUUGCUUGGAGAAUAGACCAGCUGCACUUCAACUGUAGUAGCAUCCAAUAAACUGUAGUAGCUUGGAGAGCAGACGAGAGUCCAGGCUGGAGUGCAUGUGACUUAUAUGUAUGAGAUCUUGCAUUUGUCUCUGCGCUGGUAGGUUCAGUUCUCUCUUUGAUGAUUUUCCCACCUCGAUUCCUUGAAGUACUUUGAAGAUUCGAUUCUUUUUACUACCAGUACCACAUAAUGAGUAUAUGCUUUUGCUUAUGGUUUCCAAA